AUGUCGUGCUGCAGAGACAGUGAAGAUGCAGCAGGGGGGAGCAUCCUGUACAGCAUCCUGAACAGAGGCGCUAAGUGCCCGCAGGCACACUUGGAGACGCCCGCUGCGCAACAGCUUUGCUCCUGCGCGUCCAAGAGGAAGCUGGUUGUGAUUCGGGCUCCGCAAUUAGUUUUCAAAGCAGCCUCGGAGGUACUUGUGAAAACUUUCAACUUCGUGAAAAAUGUGCCGUGUUUUCGCGGCUUGCCGGCGGAAGACCAGCUACGGCUGGUCCGCAACAGCUGGGCGCCGCUGCUGGUUUUGGGCAUGGUGCAGUACUCCGUGGACUUCGACACGGUUGAGACGCAGCAGCCAAGUCUGUUACACAGGAUUUUAACGCACAGCAAGGAGCGACAGCUGCGCGCUCCGACCGAGAUUCAAGACCCAGGAGUGCCCGUGAGUGAUGCAGAGGGGAUCCAAAUGUUUCUGGUCCAGUGUAGAAGACUGAGGAUCAGCGUCAGAGAACACGCCUUUCUGAAGGGAGCGAUACUAUUCAGCCCGGUAACAGAGUUGGAGUGUCGGGAGUACAUCCACGCGCUUCAGAGCGAGGCUGAGCACGCGCUUUACGAGCACGUGAGAACGGUGCACCGGGGUGACACCGGCCGGUUCGGCAGACUGCGCGCGGCCCUGAACACGCUGCGGGCCAUGGACCCGAAUGCUGUGGCAGCACUCUUCUUCAGAUCCGGGACCGGCAGCAUUGAUGAACACGUGCUCGCUUUGUUUUAUGAACGAUGGAGUCCAAAAUAA